GACCGUCAAAUUUCCCGAGAAAAGUGAUGAACACUGAAACCGAAACCCCCAACUAAAUACACGGGAGAGAUGGAAUUCAAAAGCUCCGAUGUUCAAUUAUGGAAAGAGUCUCUCUCUUCCUACAAAUUCCGAAUCGAAUCUCUGAAAAAACCCAACCUCGUCUCUCUCGACCACUUCUACACAACCGAACUCCCUCCUCUCAUUCAUCAACGAAACCCUAACCCUCACAUCACCACCUCCGAGCUCUCCAAGCUCAUGCAAUGGAAGCUCACUCGAGGCAAAUGGAGGCCUAGGCUAUUGGAUUUCGUUUCGUCAUUGGACGAAGCCCUAGUGAAAUCGGCUUCUCAGAAGGCUUUUCAAUCUCUGCCUGAUAUCUCUAAAGCUGUUUCGGAGCUCACGGUGUUGAAAGGUGUUGGUCCGGCCACUGCCUCUGCUGUUCUCGCAGCUUAUGCGCCUGAUGUCGCGCCAUUCAUGUCUGAUGAGGCUAUGGUUGCUGCACUUGGUAACUCCAAAGAUUAUACAUUGAAGCAGUAUAUCUUAUUCGUGGAUAAACUACAGGCCAAAGCAAAGGAAUUGAGUGCAAAAGGGGAUACAUUCACACCUUCAGAUGUAGAAAGAGCUGUUUGGAGUUCUGCUAUAGGAGCCAAGUUGCCUGAACCAUUGGCAAAACCUGAUCUCGAGGUUAACUCAAACAAAAACUCUAAAAGAAAGAGAAAAUGAUGACUCUGAUAUUAUGUAGUUGAUGGCAGUUCUUCAAACUUUGCUCGUUAGUAUAGUGAGUUUUAGGUUAUUUCUUUGCUUCCAAAGCAACUUGUCAACUUCUGUAUGGUAGCCUGUGUCUUUUCUUAUUUAUCUCAGUCACCUGUUUUUGUGGCUUCUAACUCUGGCAUGCAAUGUAUUCCUGUUAACCCAUUGAAGUAUAUGUCAUCUGUUACGUUGUUAUGCAA